UGAGUAUAUAUAAAUCUGUAAGUCUUAUCUUUAUAUUUGUGGUUGAGGAUUUCCUAUAUAGUCGAAGGCUCUAUAUAAAACAAAAUAUAAAGCACUAUAUCUCAUCACUUCAUCAGUCUAGUUCAUAGCCCCAUAUCAUAUUAUUCUCUCUCUUUCCAUCAAACACACACAAUGGAGCAAACAAACCGUGUGGCUCUUAUUGUGGGCGUCACCGGCAUGGUGGGUGUUGCCUUCACUGAGGCCUUAAAGAAGCCAACAGCAUUAGGCGGUCCGUGGACCGUCUACGGUGUAUCACGACGACCAUUACCCACUUGGUUCCCAUCCUCCCUCCUCGACAAGCACAUUAUGUUAGACACCCUAAACCAACAACAAACACAUGAAAUCAUGGCUCCACUUUCAUCCCAAAUCACCCAUGUCUUCUGGGUAGCCUUACAAGUCAACGAAAGUGAACAAGUCAACAUUUCCCUCAACUCCACUAUGCUUUCUAAUGUCCUUAAUGCAUUAACUUCCUCUCCUAACUCAAAACUCAGUCAUGUAACGUUGCAAACAGGCACAAAACAGUAUUUAGGCCCUAUAUUUGAUCCAAGUCUUUCAGCUCAACUUGUCCCACGUGACGCACCCUUCAUAGAGGAUUACCCUAGACUAUCAUUUCCAAAUUUCUACUAUGCAUUGGAAGACAUUUUAACUUCCUACUCAAAAUCUUUAACUUAUUCCAUACAUCGCUCUUCUAGCAUUAUCGGAGCAUCAACAAGAAGUUACUUUAAUACACUUCUCACACUUUGCGUCUACGCAUUAGUUUGCAAACAUCAAAACUAUCCCUUCAGGUAUCCUGGUAACAAUUACAGUUGGGAACACUUUUGGGAUAUGUCUGAUGCUAGAGUGCUAGUUGAACAACAAAUAUGGGCCUCGGUGACAGACAAAGCUAAGAAUGAAGCUUUUAACUGCACAAAUGGUGAUGUGUUUACAUGGAAAAUGAUAUGGAAGGUACUUUGCGACACGUUUGGUGUUGAGUUCGUGCCAUUUGAUGAGAAAGAAAAGUUUGAUUUUGUGGAUUUUAUGAAGGAUAAAGGAGAAGUUUGGGAUGGAAUUGUUGAAGAGAAUGGAUUGUACAAGACAAAAAUGGAAGAGAUUACUUGUUUUGAUGCAUUAGGACAAGUAUUAAAACUUGAGAUUCAACAUGUUUGUAGCAUGAAUAAGAGUCGAGAAUUUGGGUUUCAUGGGUAUGCAAAUACGCUCAAGAGUAUACCAGAAUGGGUUCAAAAGCUGAGGGAAAUGAAGAUACUUUCAUAAGAAUGGUAAUAGUUUUACUUUUUGGGAAAGAUUGUGUACAAAUAAUUAUAUUUGUAUACUAAUUAAAUAAUGAAUCGUUGAUUUAUAUUAGGCCCAAUUGCAUGUCUUUCUAUGCAAUAGGUUUUCGGGUUGUGAGGAAAGACGUGAAGAGAGUAAAUCAACCAAACUAACUACACUAGUGUUAGAAGGUUAAAAAAAAAAAAAAAAAAAAAAAAAAAAAAAAAAAAAA